CUUUCAGAUCACUUCAUUUCAAAGGGUUGUAGCUACUUUUUAAAUACGUUUUCAGAUUCACCGGGGUUAGGUAAUGUGAUAGGAUUAUGUGUAAAAGAAUUUGGGUGCUGUGAAAAUUUUCUAGAAAGUGUGAUAAUAGUGUGUCGAUUCGUAACUGCAAUUUAAACUACCUUAUCGCCUAUGGUGAUCCACGGCUGGACGAAGUAGUGCAUUGCGGUGCAGUGUAUAACCUUACUUUUUCUUAAGGUUAUAGAAUGAACAGCUGUAUUUUGUUGCUACUCUGAGAUAUCGCUGCACAUUUGGAUCUUUUAUCUAGCAAAAAUGGCGUAUCUCACGCGAAAGGAGAUCGACGAUAUGAAACCUGAAAUAGAAAAGGCAGUACAUAAGUUCCUCGGGUUCGGUGAACCAGCCAUUGUAACUACUGCGGUGAACUGCAUUGCCUCUGGAUAUGACAAACGUAAAACAGCCGAUAAGUUGUCUGCACUCUUGGAAGAAAAAAAAGCUAACAAGUUGAUGGAAAAAAUAUUCCUGAUUUACGAUGAUGCCAAAGCUACUCAGAAGAGCAAAAAACGCACUCAUGUCGAGGACAAAGAUAAAGACAAGGAUGCUAAAAAGCCAAAAAUAAAGGAGGAUGAACCAGUGACCGAGCAAACUACUGAGGCCCAGUUAUCAGCUGAUAAGAUCAAGCAAAUGAUGGUGAAUGCUCAGCGAGAAAUCGAGGAGCGCAAAAGAGCAUUGAAGGCUAUUAGACAGGAUGAUAUGCCACCAGUACGUCCAUUGUUCAGAGCUCGUGAGACCCUACCCACAGUAGGGAGUAUGUACAAUCAAGGGCUGUUGAGUAAAAACGACUCUGACAAAGCCAGAAAAAUUGCUGCUCUCCAAGCACAAAUUAGAAACAAGCUCAGUUCGGGGUUGCUGGGAAGCCUUCCAGUACCUGACAAACCAACGCCUUUGAUAUUAGAUGAGUCCGGAAGGACUGUCGAUAUUACUGGAAAAGAAGUACAACUUACUCAAGUUGUCCCUACGUUGAAGGCAAACAUUAGGGCAAAGAAACGCGAAGAGUUUAAAGCUCAGCUGCAGGACUCUAAAGGACCAGAGGAAAUGCAAGAUACACAUUUCUUCGACAACAGAAUUGGCGUCAAAUCUGCUCAGAGAAACAAACGGGCUUUGAAGUUCCAUGAACCUGGAAAAUUUCAGCAGCUAGCAGACAGAAUUCGUAUGAAGGCUCAGCUGGAAAAACUUCAAAAUGAAAUCUCACAAAUUGCUAGGAAGACAGGAAUUAGUUCGGCAACAAAGCUGGCGUUAAUUGCCCCUAAAACGGAAGCCUUGAACGAGGAUGUACCUAAUGUAGAAUGGUGGGAUUCUGUUAUUAUUACUGGAUCUUAUGCCGAAGAUGGAGAACCUAUGCCUAUCAAAAACUCAUCCAUUUCAAAUUUAGUGGAACAUCCCACACAGAUGAGACCGCCCACGGAUCCCCUCAAACCGAUCUACAUGCCUGUGUUUCUGACUAAGAAGGAACGGAAGAAAUUGCGCCGGCAGAAUCGUCGCGAGGCAUGGAAAGAAGAGCAGGAAAAGAUUCGAUUGGGACUCGAACCACCACCUGAGCCAAAGUUGAGGAUUUCAAACUUAAUGAGAGUUUUAGGAACGGAGGCUGUUCAGGAUCCUACAAAAAUUGAGGCUCAUGUCCGCCAGCAAAUGGCAAAGAGAUUGAAAGCACACGAAGACGCAAACGCAGCUCGGCGGCUGACCGCUGAUCAGCGACGUGAGAAAAAGGCACGCAAACUCAAAGAAGACACGAGUCUUGGAGUGCAUGUUGCUGUUUACAGGAUACGAGAUCUGGUGAACAACGCUUCAAAGAAGUUCAAAGUUGAAACUAAUGCUAAACAGUUGUAUUUGACAGGGUGUGUGAUGUUGUUUAGAGACUGCAAUGUGGUGGUUGUUGAGGGUGGAGCAAAACAACUUAGCAAGUACAAGCGUUUGAUGUUACGUCGAAUAAAAUGGGAGGAGGACAUUGUCAAAGACAAUGAUGGAAAUGAAGUGCCGAAUAGGUGCGUUUUGGUGUGGGAGGGUACGAGCAAACAGCGUCACUUCGGUGAGGUUAAAUUCAAGGUGUGUCCGAUUGAAAAAAUGGCUAGAGAACACUUCAAGAAACAUCAAGUCGAACAUUACUGGGAUCUCGCGUACAGCGGUGCCGUACUAGAUAACACAGAUGAUGUUCAAACCUGAACUGCUAGACUCAUUUUUAACUAAUAUGUAUAUUACUAUAUUGAUUCAACAAAAUUAUGAUAAUAUUAAUAAUUACUAUGCGAUUACGUGCGUGGUUGAUGGAAGAACAUGAACACGAAUCGAAAUAUAGAAGCAAACAAGAAUGAACAAAAAUAAAGAAGCAACGUUUUCAUCGAAA